AUGCGCUUUCAAGCUCUCCCCGUUCUCGCUGCCGUGCUUGCAUUCCCUACCCUUAUCUUGGGUGAACCAGAUUGCCCUCAAGGUGGCUAUUGGCACUGGAGUCACGAAGAGGCAAGAAGUGCAGCCGCGCAUGGAAUCGACAAAUGGUGCAAUAACAUUGCCCCUUCCACGUUUAAAGGCGGACAAGAGGUGAAACAGUGCCUUGAGGUCGAUUAUGAUCCGAAGAACGUUAAUCUGUGGAUGAAAAACGACAACUCGGGUGAUAAGGUCCUCUCCAUCGACCAGUGCAAGAAGUUGCUUAAGAAGAUCGUCGAUAGUUGUCCUGCGGGUGGUUCUGACCGCACUAAUGAUGGCUGGGCACCACAAGCGAAACCUGGUGGUGCCUGUUGGGUCUAG